ACGAAGCAAAACAAUGUUAUUGUUACUGUUAUUAUUAUUAGAAACUGAAAGACAGAGACUGUAGAUUUCAAAGGUGUUUCUGUAGUAAAUAACGUCUUUGCCGGCCAACAUAUUAAUAACAUAUACAAAAUCUUCUUUUCGCAUUCUCUUUUCUUUCCUUUUCAACACAAACAAACACAUUUUCUUUCUUGCCUCUCUCUCCCCUUAUUCUUUGGUUUGAUCAACAUGAACGAUUUGCUCACGGAUUCAUUUGUUGGUGAUGCCAAAAGGCCUCCAAACAAUGAUGAUAUCGAAAUGGGGAUGCCAAUGCAAAGAAGCAACUCUGACACAGGAAUGGAAGCUUUCAAUAAGCAGAUACAAGAGGUUGAGAGACAGGUCGAUAUGGUCUCUGGACUUCUCAAGAAAUUGAAGGAAGCUAAUGAGGAGUCCAAAUCUGUAACAAAAGCGUCCGCGAUGAAAGCUAUCAAGAAGCGUAUGGAAAAAGAUGUUGACGAAGUGGGUAGGAUUGCCCGUGCUAUAAAAACCAAAAUAGAGGCAAUUAACAAAGAAAAUUUAGCUAAUAGACAGAAACCUGGAUGUGAAAAGGGCACUGGGGUUGACAGAGCAAGGAUGAAUGUUACAAAUUCCUUAACAAAAAGGUUCAAGGAUUUGAUGAUAGAAUUCCAGACCUUAAGACAAAAGAUUCAAAACGAGUAUCGUGAAGUUGUGGAGAGAAGGGUCAUUACAGUAACUGGAACUAAACCAGAUGAAGAGACAAUUGACAACCUGAUCGAAACUGGAAAUAGUGAGCAAAUCUUUCAGAAGGCAAUUCAAGAAAUGGGCCGUGGACAGGUGCUAAAUACCCUCGAAGAAAUCCAGGAGAGGCAUGAUGCUGUGAAGGAAAUUGAGAAAAAGCUUCUUGACCUUCACCAGAUUUACCUUGAUAUGGCUGUUCUUGUUGAGGCUCAAGGAGAGAUAUUAGAUAACAUUGAAAGCCAGGUGACAAAUGCAGUGGACCAUGUUCAAAAUGGUACAGAAGCUCUUCGAACUGCAAAGAGCUUGCAGAGAAAGUCAAGGAAAUGCAUGAUGAUUGCCAUUAUUUUGCUACUGAUUAUUGCACUCAUCAUUGUGCUCUCUAUUCUGAAACCUUGGAAAAAGUAACCAUCAGCAAGAAAGAAAGUACAAUUUUCUCUCUCUCUCUCUCUCUCUCUCUCUAGGCGUGCUGUUUCCUAGUACCAAUCCUCUCAAACACCAGUAGUACAACAACCCAUUAUAAUGUGCAAUAGCUUUGUUAUUAAUAUAUAUAUAUAAUUAUUAUUAUUAUUUUCUUUUCUUUUGAACAAUUCUUCCUCAGUUUAUUUCUUUAGGUUCUCAUUUUGGACAACCAACAAAUAAUGUAAGAAACCAUGUUGCAGGGUGGCAUCUUGUAUUUUGAUUUUGUUAACAAAUAAUGCAAAAUUUUAACAUUCCAAAGCA